UCUACAAAUAUUACCUACGGUAUAUUCGAGAUCUCAAACUGUUUUUAGUUUUACAGAUUUAGAUUUUUGUGGUGCGUUAGAAGAGAUUAAAAACUCUCCAGUGUAUUUUUGUUUUAGUACGACUGAAAUAGUUGAUGCACCGGCCAUCAGCGUGACCUAAGAUAGAGGAGCGAGCAGGUUGCUUGAAGUAUCCUCUAUCUGGUGUUAAAGCAUGUCGAUAGCAGGUUAAUUCAGCGAACUUUCACCUUGUGAAAUGUUUUAAAUUUGCAGCCCAUGAUGUUUGUCAGAGUUCAUAUCGUGGGCGUGCUGAGGAGGUUCCUCCCUCCAGCUUCCACCCUUGUGAAACAUCAUGAUCCAUCUACAUCUUUUUUCACCUCCUCCACCUGCUCCACUCUUAGUACGAAACGAUCCCUGAGUACCGGCUGGACGUUGAGAAAAGAUUUUCCUCAGCAUAAACCUGAGCCUGACUUGGAUGUAUGGAAGUCAGUGAUGAGAUCCCAGGCAUCGUCCCAACAUGAGAUGGCCAAGGAUGAAGAAGAAGAAUCCACAUCUGCUGCAGAAGAAGAAGGAGAAGAACGCUCUCCAAUAGAGGCAAGCCGUACACUAGUGGACACGUGGCGGCAGGCUGGUAAACAAGUCCCGGAAAACAUUACAGAUGAGCAACUUGAGACGCUUGCAGAACUCACCACAAAGUCCUCGAAGAGGAAGUAUCUCAAGUACCUGGCGAUAAAAGAGGGCCAUAAGAAGGCCAACAAGGAGAAAAAGGAAAAAAAGAAGGCUGAGAGGUCGGUGGAAAGGAUGAAGGAGGGAAAGGAGGAAGGACAAGGUGAAGGGCUGGAAGACGCAGAAGAGGAAGGUGAAGGAGAACCUAAGUUUAAAAACACCUAUCUGAUGCAGUUCUGGACUCGAUCCAUGGACAGAAUGUUAGGCUGGAGGGCUGCGCAAGCCAUGCUCUACGGCCAGCCGCUGGUCUACGACAUGAGCUACGACCAGCACAUGACGAGGCGUGAGAUGGAGAACACGAUCUCCCAGCUGAUGGAGACUGAAGGCUGGAACCGGCGCUCGGUCGACCCCUUCCACUUGCACUUCUGCAACCUGCAGCCAGGCGGUGCCUACCAGCGAGAGCUUCUCAAACGCUACGGCCAAGAGACGUGGGAUCGUCUUUCCAUCACUGCGACCAGCAAGCGUCACGUGGACGUGUUUCCGACGGAGGACCUCGUCUACCUGACCGCUGAUUCUCCGAACGUCCUCCGCACCUUUGACCACAGCAAGGUGUACAUCGUCGGAGCCAUGGUGGAUCGAUCCAUCCAAUCCGGCGUCUCGCUGGCCAACGCCAAGCGCCUCAAGAUAUCCACGGCGCGUCUGCCCCUGGACGAGUACCUGCACUGGGAGACUGGAGCCAAGAACUUGACGCUGGACCAGAUGAUCCGCAUCCUGAUGACGGCCAAAGAGACGGGCAGCUGGGAGAAAGCGCUGGAGUUUGUACCCAAGAGAAAGCACGAUGGCUUCCAUCAGGAACGAAGUAAAAACAGUCCUCAAAGAACAGAGAAAGCCACCAAGCCAAAAACUGUGUUUAGAGGAAACGCAGAGGAAGAACAACGGCAAAUGUUUGUAAGUAAACAGAGACAGAAAAACACCAAUAGAAAAGAUGUUCUGUCCAGACAGACAUUUGAAUCAGAAAACAUUUCCGGACAAAGCAGACUGCGGAUUGCGCUGAAAAGUAAACUAGAGGAACGCAGUCAAGUAGCGAGUAAAAGAAACUGGUGGGAAGAAGAGUAGCCUUAUGGUGACUUUUUUUUUUCCUCUAAAAUGAACUGCACUUGUCU